AUGAAUCUGCUUUGAAGGACUUUAUCCCUGGUGACCUGGAAGUCCAAGUUCCUGUAAUAGUCUCCUUGGUCACUGGAGGGAACACUGGCAUUGGAAAAGCAACUGUUCUUGAAAUAGCCAAGUGAUAACAUCUUUAUACAUAUGGCAGACUCAUCUGAUCUCAAGAAAAUCUGGACGUUUAUUGAAAAUUUCAAGCAGGAACAUAAACUUUGUGUUCUGCUGAGCUUUGUUAAGUGCCUGAUCCCUCUGCUGGAGAAAGAGCACGUCCCAGACUGCCAUUGCCUGCUGGGAUGCUUUCAGAGCAACCGGCUUGGUUCCUCAUGGGAAAUAACAGCCUCCUCAGGAGGAAUGUUGUUUUAGAAAUUGAAUACUGAUGAUCUAUCAGAAAGAACAGCAUUUCAUGAAACCGUGGUCUAG